AUGCCGCCUAAAUCGGCCCUCAAGUCCAUCAAAGCACACAUAGACAAGUCGGAAUUCGCACAAGCCGUACAAGAAGCGAAAGAUCUGGUCAAAGAAGACCCACAAAAUCAUACAGCAUUUCUCUUCCUUGGCUUCGCCUACGAGAAGCAGAAUGAUCUCAACGCCGCUGAAUCCGCUCUGGAGGCCGCUGCGUCCCUGAGACCACAAGAUGUUCAAGCUUACAAGGGCCUCGUCACGCUCUAUGAGAAGCAGGAUCAUGCCAAACUAGACAAAUAUCAUCACGUCACACUUGUACUCGCUCAAAUUUAUGCCGAUCAGGACGACCGGGAGCAGUGUCAAAACGUUGUAGACAAGUAUGAGACGUUUGCAAAACGACAUGGCUCACCCCCGCAGUAUCGUCAUGCUCUUGAGCUGAUACUGCCAUCAUCACCACUGUAUCCUACACUCGAAGGACGAGUGUUGAAGCCAUCGCUGGCAUAUCAGCGAACACUGGAAUCUGCAGAGGCCGAAGAAGAGGGAUGGAUCAAAAGUCAGGUGUCCGAGCGGAGAACCCGCAUUGGUGCCAGAGUUGAUCAAGUCACUCUCGAAGUCAAGCGCGAAGCCAUCCCGAAAUUCUUGAUCGAGGACAAACUGACCGCACUCAUCGACUGGACCCAAGACGAUGAUAGACGCCAUGAACUUGAACAGAAACGGUUUCAACGAAUGUAUGACAAUUUACUUGCACUACCAGCUCAAGAAAAGCCGACGCAGAGGGACAAAGUAGUCCAAGCCGCGAAUGGGAUCGUCAUCAUAAAGCAGCAGUACUGUCCUGGUUGGAAAGUGGCGCUGGAAUGGGUCGAUGCAGAAGAUUUAUUCGAUUGGGAUCCAAGUCUAUUCCACGAAUACAUUGGAUACUUCCCGGACGACGGUCUGAGUAAAGUGUUGAAUGGCUUUCUUGCGAGCGAUGCCUCGCCAUUUCCGCAGCCAGAGCCAGAGAAGGACAGUGAAGCGGCACCAACAGUAAAGCUCUCGGAAGCCGAGCAAGUCAUCAUGAUGAACGAAGGUCUCAUCGAUUGUUCAGACUCCGCAUUUGCGCAUCGGAUCGUCGCCCAUACUUAUCUACAUCUCGGUGAGUGGCAGGACGCUGUCACUUUAGCAGAGAAAUCUCAGCAAUUGUAUCUGGAUGCCCAAAACAAAUAUGCACUUGAUAUGCAAAACAGUCUUGAUGGUGUUCGGCUGACCUUAGCCAACGCUCUUAUCCACUACCAAUCCCCACGGCAUCACCAGAAGUCUAUGGCCGUUUUCAAGGAGAUUUUAUUGAGGAAACCCAAACUCACCGCAGCUCUUCUUGGAGUCGGAUUGAUAUACGAAGAGGACGAACAAUACGCAGAAGCUACGAGCUUUCUGGAGCCAGCCCUCGAGAGAGACCCGCAAAACCUUCGCAUACAGUCUGAGCUUGCAUGGUGCAAAGCCAAAACUGGGAAAUACUCUGACAGCCUUUCAAUGUUGCAAGACGUCCUUACAGCUGCUCAAAAUGAUGCACCAGACGAUAAGAAAAUGUUGGCCGAACUACACUACCGUAUCGGAGUUUGCAAAUGGCACAUCGACAGCUCGAACGCAGCACGGAAAGACCGCGACGGACCCUACAGCGAUUUUGUUGCAGCCAUUCAAGCAAACAAUUCGUAUGCUCCUGCUUGGACGCACCUAGGAGUCUACUUCCAAGACUACACCAAAAAGACAUCCAAGAACAAAGAAAAUGCCGAGCACGCCCUGCGAAUGGCCUUCGAGCUCUCUGCGUCGGAGCUCACAGCAGCAGAACGACUGGCGAGCCAGUACGCAAACACCAGUCAGUGGGAUCUGGUGGAACUUGUGGCGUCCAGGGUAAUCGCCUCAGACUCCGCAAAAGUGUGGCCAGGAUCCAAGAAGAAAGCCCCGAGCUGGCCACACGCCGCAUUGGGCAUCGCCAACAUCAACAAGCAGCAGUACUCACAAAGUAUCAUCUCAUUCCAAGCAGCGUUACGCAUCAAUCCAAGCGACUACCACUCGUGGGUGGGCCUGGGCGAAAGCUAUCUGCAUUCUGGCCGAUAUGUGUCUGCUGCGAGGGCUUUCUCGAAGGCUGAAAGCAUCGAUCAUGGCCUUCCACCAGAUCAGACAUGGUUCGCAAAGUACAUGCUCGCCAAUGUGCAGAAGGAAGUGGGCGACUUCGAUGCAGCGAUUCUAUCGUACGAGGGUGUUCUCGAGACAAAGGUCGACGAGCUUGGUAUGCUGUUGGCGCUGUUACAGUCGUUCGCCGACAAUGCGUGGGCCAAGAUAUCUCAGGGUCUGUAUGAACAGGGCAGAGACUUAGCUCUUCGCGCCAUCGACGUUGGCAUGAACAUCUCGGAUCAGAAAACGGGCAUCUUCAACCUCUGGAAGUCUGUUGCAGACGCUUGCUCAGCUUUGGCGCACGUCCACGCAUUUGUCUACGCCGAAAAGGUCAUGGAUAAACUUGAAUCGCUGCUCCAAUGCAAAACCUCGAACGGUGAGCUCGAGCUCUUUGACGAGCACGACGGCUUGUCCAUAGAUUUCGUCGAGUCUCGAGCCUCAACAGCGCGAGGAGUUGUCUCCGAUCAACUCCUCGUUGCAGCAAUCCUAGCUCACAAGCGCGGAAUACAUGUAGCUUCUCACGAUGUCCACGCACAAGCAGUAUCCUGGUACAACCUAGGCUGGGCCGAAUAUCGGGCAGCCUCGUGCGCCGGCCCACUUCUACAGACAAAAGGCCAGAAGCCCAAGCGACUCCUCAGAGCUUCCAUGCGGUGCUUCAAACAUGCCAUCGAGCUCGAGGCCAGCAACCCAGACUUCUGGAACGCACUCGGCGUCGUCACUAUGACUCUCAGCCCGAAAGUCUCCCAGCACUCACUCGUCCGCAGCCUGAAUCUGAACGACAACAGUCCUCGAUCAUGGACGAAUCUUGGAGUCUUGUACCUGCUCAACAACGACACCGAGCUAGCAAAUCAGGCAUUCACAAGAGCACAGUCAGCAGAUCCAGAGUAUGCUGAGGCAUGGCUCGGUCAAGGUCUCAUCGCUGUCCUGACAGGUCAUUCACACGACGCCCGGAACUUGUUCACACACGCCUUCGAGAUCUCAGAUGGUAGCCUCCACGCAUCGCGUGGCCUGUACUCGACCUCGAUCUUCGACUUCAUCUCCACGCACGCAAGCAAAGCAAGCGAUCUGGUUGGCCUCCUUCAGCCCCUUCUCGCUGUCCGACAAUUGCAUAACCUAGACCCAAUCAACAUCACUGUCACACACCUCAUGGCGCUCUACGCCGAGCGCGUAGGCGACUUCAGCUCCGCGGAAAGCGCCCUCCGAGAAGUCUGCGACGUCAUGGAAGCAGCAUACGAAGAGUCAGAAUCCGACGAGCACCUCUCUCGGUUCGUCCAAGCUAAAGCCGACCUCGCUCGUGUGCAACUCGGCACCCAGCAAUUCGAGUCCGCGAUCGAGAACGCCAGCGUCGUGCUGGACCUCACAGAGGAAGCCGACGACCCUUCUGGGCACGCCGCCGAAGCACGCGACCGCGCUCGCCUAUCGGCGCAUGUAACCACCGGCCUCGCGCAGAGUCACAGCGGCGUCGUCGACGCCUCCAUCGCUUCCCUCCAAGCUGCACUCCAGGUCUGUCCCGAUAACCCAGACAUCAUCUGCAUGCUCGCGCAAGUGCUCUGGGCCAAGGGCGCCGGCAGCGCUGCUGAGAAGGAGGCGGCCCGGACACAAUUGCUUAAUGCUGUUUCCGCGCACCCGGGACAUGUGCAGUCCGUCUGCCUGUUGGCGGUCGCGGGUCUUACAGAAAACGACACCGAGCUGCUAGCUGCGGUAGUCGACGACCUCGAUGCGUUGCAGAAAGACAACGCCGUGUCGGACGCAGAUCAGGCGCGCGUCAGUGAGCUGCUGGCCGCAAUCCAGCUACAGAACAUUGAAUCCACGACCGCAUACGACGCGACCCGGAAGCAACUGAUGACGGCGCAAGCCACGGCGGAUAUCAUGCUUGCGCCGUGGAAGCCGGCGGGGUGGCUGGAGCUGUAUCGUGCGACAGCAACAAAUGAUGAAGAUGAUGAGUCGAGGUCGUUUGCAGGAGAGAUGGCGGUGGGCAAUGCACUGAGGGGCAUGCCGCCUGGUGGGGACAUGCGGGCGGAGGAUAUUGGCCCUGUUGGACCUGUUGGGAACGCGAGCGCCAUCCGUGAUCCGUUGUACACCAGUCGGCAGAUCGACGCGAUCUUGAGGACGAUUCGCGGUAUUGCUGAUUUGCAGGGUUGGUAG